AUGGGAAAUAGCUCAGGAUCUUUAUUACUUCAAGAAGAUGAAAUUCGAUUAAUUGCUGAAGAAACAGGAUUCUCAAGAAAUCAAAUAGUUAGAUUGUACUCUAGAUUUCUUUCAUUAGAUCGUCAAUCACGUGGUUAUCUUGACAGAGAAGAUUUACUACGUAUUCCUGAAUUAGCAAUUAAUCCAUUAGGAGAUAGAAUUGUAGAUGCUUUUUUUACCGAUAAGCAAGAGGAAAUAGAUAAGAAAAUUAAUUUUAGAGAUUUUAUGCGAGUACUAGCACACUUUAGACCAAUAUCUUCAUCACAGAAUCUUAAAAUUAAUAGCAGGGAUGAAAAAUUAAGAUUGGCAUUCUCAAUAUAUGAUCUUGAUAGAAGCGGUUACAUUACACAGGAUGAAUUUAAAGUCAUUCUAAAUAUGAUGGUUGGAUCCAAUAUUACAUCUGAACAAUUAGAAUGUAUAGCAGAGAGAACAAUUACCGAGGCAGACUCUGACAAUGAUGGUAAAAUUUCUUUUGAAGAAUUUUGUAAAGCUAUGGAAAAAACUGACAUUGAACAGAAGAUGUCAAUAAGAUUUUUGAAUUAA